AUGGCUCCAAGGAAGCCAUCAACUCGUCAGACUCCCCAGUAUUCUUCCUUGCCAUUCGCUGGAAAAGAUCACAUCACCUCAAGCUUCAUCCUUCGGGGGCGGCCAGAGCCUCAAGAACAGAUCAAGCAGCCUAAGGCAUCUACCCUUGGCAACUUUCAGGCUUCCCAAAAAGAAUUGUUUGAAAAAACAAAGUGGAUUACGCUCUCGGAUUACACAAGACCCGAUUCAUCUCGAGCUCGUCUCGCCUUGGGCAAUAAUCUUAUCAAACCUCUUAACGACGAAGAUGUGGCCAUCAAAGUCACCUAUGACCCCACCACAAUCGCCCGGGAUAUUCUGGUCGCCGCAAACCAGCACCCAACGGAGAAAGCAUUAAACCACCAUUUGAUGUGUCUGCGAAGGAAUCUCCCAGAGGUGAAGUUUUCUUCCGAUUUGGCAACCUUUCGUUGGGAUAUCGUUGACCCCGACCCCUCAACCACAAAUACGACAGCCCAUACUUCUCUAGAUGGUUCAGAUACUUCGAUGGAAGACAUGUCCAACUCAUUUGGCCCAACAACACGGUUCUCACCUGAGAGGACUUAUUUGGAAUACAUCCGCCCCCACUCCACGUACACCAACCCAACCCAACAAAGUGACAAAGCCAUCAAGCACUCGAACGGCUUUUAA